CAUUCUCACUCUCUCCUCUCUCUUUCUCUCUCCUCUCUGUCUUUGUUUCUGUGUCUUUGCUCAAGCUUCCACUCACUACUUUCUCUCUCUUUCUCUGUGAACACUCAAAGCCCCAAACUUUGCUUAGAUCUGAAACUUCGCAAACCCCGAAGACCCCUCGACGACGACGACGACGAACACGAUCUAGGUGUUUAUGUUUUACUUGACUGGUCAAGUUGUGAUUCUUCCUGGUCAUUAAGUUUGGAUUGUGGUUUUGACGACAAUGGCAGUGACCGAUUCUCAAAAUCCUCUUCUUGGAGAAACCACUUGUGGUUCUCUACUCCAGAAACUGCAGGAAAUUUGGGAUGAAGUCGGAGAGAGUGAUGACGAACGCGACAAGAUGCUCCUUCAGUUAGAGCAAGAGUGCUUGGAUGUGUACAAGAGGAAGGUUGAGCAGGCUGCAAAGUCGAGGGCACAGCUUCUUCAAGCAUUGUCUGAUGGCAAACUUGAACUUUCCACUCUUCUGUCUGCUCUUGGAGAAAAGAGUUCCGUUGGCAUACCAGAGAAAACUUCAGGAACAAUCAAGGAACAACUUGCGGCCAUAGCACCAGCGCUUGAGCAGUUAUGGAAACAGAAAGAGGAGAGAGUAAAGGAAAUUGCUGAUGUUCAGUCUCAGAUCCAAAAGAUUUGUGGAGAAAUCGCAGGGAACUCGAAUCUGAGUGAGCAGGCAGGGACGCCUGUUUUUGACGAGUCUGACCUGACUCUGAAGAAGUUAGAUGAGUAUCAUGCCCAGCUUCAAGAACUUCAAAAGGAGAAGAGUGAUAGGUUGCACAAGGUGCUUGAAUUUGUUAGCACUGUGCAUGAUCUUUGCGCUGUCCUUGGGAUUGACUUCUUCAGUACUGUUACUGAGGUCCAUCCUAGCUUAAAUGACUCAACCGGCAUGCAGUCCAAGAGCAUUAGCAAUGAUACUCUAUCUAGGCUGGCUAAGACAGUCUUAGCACUGAAAGAAGAUAAGAAGCAGAGGCUGCAUAAGCUCCAAGAGUUAGCUUCUCAACUAAUUGAUCUAUGGAAUUUGAUGGAUACUCCUGAUGAGGAAAGGAGUCUAUUCGAUCACGUUACCUGCAAUAUUUCGGCGUCAGUUGAUGAGGUGACUGUUCCUGGGGCUCUGGCUCUGGAUCUGAUCGAGCAGGCCGAGGUGGAAGUGGAGAGACUUGAUCAGCUCAAAUCCAGCAGGAUGAAGGAAAUUGCAUUUAAGAGGCAAGCGGAGCUUGAAGAGAUAUUUGCUCGUGCCCACAUCGAGAUAGAUCCAGAAGCUGCCAGGGAUAAAAUAAUGGCCAUGAUUGAUUCUGGAAAUGUGGAGCCUGCUGAAUUGUUAGCUGGCAUGGAUAAUGAGAUAGCAAAAGCAAAAGAGGAAGCUCUUAGCAGAAAGGAAAUAUUGGACAAAGUUGAGAAAUGGAUGUCAGCCUGUGAGGAAGAGAGUUGGCUUGAAGAUUACAAUCGGGACGAUAACAGGUACAAUGCGAGUAGAGGUGCUCACUUAAACCUCAAGCGUGCAGAAAAGGCCCGGAUCCUUGUUAAUAAAAUUCCAGCUCUUGUUGACACCUUGGUUGCCAAAACUCGUGCUUGGGAGGAAGAUCGUGGCAUAUCGUUUACUUAUGAUGGCGUCCCCCUUCUUGCGAUGCUAGAUGAAUAUGCCAUGCUCAGGCAGGAAAGAGAAGAAGAGAAGAGGAGGAUGAAGGAUCAGAAAAAGUACACAGACCAACAACACACCGAACAGGAAGCCAUAUUUGGCUCAAAGCCUAGCCCUGCCCGACCAGUUGGAACGAAGAAGGUGGUGGGUCCCCGCGUGAACGGGGGAGCCAACGGAACUCCAAACAGAAGGCUAUCGCUUAACCAAAACGGAAGCAGGUCCGCCGCAAAGGACGCGAAGAGGGAAAAUAGGCUUAGUGCUCCUGUGAACUACGUUUCAAUGUCGAAAGAGGAUGCUGCCUCCCAUGUUUCCGGCACUGACCCAGUUCCGGCUUCUCCAUGACAUAAGAAGAAGAGAGGGAGGGGGAGAGAGAGAGAGAUCUGUAGGUUUAUACCUUUUGUUAUAUUACUACUGUUAUUAGUUACUACUGUUAGGGAUGUAUCCUGUGAAACUGUGAGGGAAAAGUUGGAGAGUGAGCUGUUAGCUGUGUAUGUUAUACUUGAGACAUUUUAAGCCUUUUUACGACC